AUGAACGAAUAUAGAGGGUUUUUCAAUAUAUGUAGACGUAGUUUACAAUUAGAAAAUGUAUUACAAACCGGCCAAGCUUUUAGAUGGGUACUUGAUUCAGAAAGUGGAUGGUAUACUAAUACUUUGAAAUUAUAUCCUUUAACACCGGAAUUUCAAAUUAUUAGAUUAAAACAAAAUGAUAGCAAAUUAGAAUAUCAUUUGGAAAGUUCCAUCAAACUUGAAUCUCGUGAAAUUCAUAAUUGGAUUAAGCAGUAUUUUAGAAUGGAAGUAGAUGUGGAGAAAUUAUGUGAAGAACAAUGGCUACCAAACGAUUCUACAUUUAAAGGUAAAAAUUUACGAGGAGUAAGAGUACUUCAACAAGAACCUUGGGAAACUUUGAUUAGUUUUAUUUGCUCAAGCAAUAAUAAUAUACCAAGAAUAUCUCAAAUGUGUCAAAAACUCUCGUCCCAUUAUGGGAAUCUGCUCAAUAAACAUGAGUUUUCAAACUAUUAUUCUUUCCCAACUAGUGAAGAGCUUUGUGAUAGAGCUUCUGUAGAGUCACUGAGAUCUUUAGGGUUUGGAUAUAGGGCACGUUAUAUAAUAGAGACAGCCAAAUUAUUGGUUCAACAGAAAAAAAUAGUCGGAAUAAUAAAUGAUACAGAAUAUUUUCAAUAUAUUUCCAACUUAUAUAAAAAUGAUUAUCUUCAAAUUAGAGAACAUUUAAUGGGAUAUUCUGGUGUUGGACCAAAGGUGGCUGAUUGUGUUUGUCUAAUGGGGUUUCAUAUGGAUGAUAUUGUUCCAAUUGAUGUUCAUAUUGGGAGAGUAGCAAAGAGAGAUUAUAAAUUUGUCGCAUCUAAGAAAGAAUUAGCUAUUUUAAGAGAUACAUAUUCAACUAUGAAACUAACAAAGAAAAAGAUCAAUUAUGAAUUAGAAUUGAUCCGCUUGAUGUUUAAAGAACUUUGGGGUCCUUACGCGGGUUGGGCUGAAGGCAUAUUGUUCUUUCGUGAAAUCUCUACUCCUACAACUUUAGCUCCCAUCUCUAAAGAGAGUAAGAAGAAGAGACUAUUUGCUGAUACUCUUUAUGAUCCAAAAAAUGCCCUUAAAGAACCUAAUAGGAGACAAAAUAAGUACAUUAAAACUGAAGUUUAA